AUGAUUAGACCACAAACAAUUACGCUUCCAGUAAGAGUACCGUGUUUGUUAAGUCAAUGUGAAAAGUUUCGUAAUGGCCUCAUCUCCAUAGCGGAAGUUCUGCAGAUCUCUUAUUUAGAGGAAUUGGAAGUAUAUUUGGACUGGCUAGUGGGACAUCGAGAUAUAGCCCUUUUAAAUGGUUCGUUGAGACCGUGGACUACUGUGAACGUUACAAGGACUAAAUUGAAGGAUAAAUUGAAGGAUAAAUUAAAAAAAUAUAACACCAAAGAAAGUGAAGGGGAACUAUCUGUGAUUGAAAGCAGCAAAGAAUCCACGGUGUGGACUACUACAGAAGAAAUAAGCAUGGUAGUUGGAGCAAUUAGUUUAGCAUAUAUGUCAAUGGCGGCUCUGCGGACUGAAGAGCUCAUUCAGGGUGAUAAUGCGAGUCCCGAAGCAGAUCAUCAAUGGAAAACUACUACAAAUCUUUUGAAACUACUGUUAAGUGUCGUUCGUUAUGGUCAAGAGGUGAUCGGAUCGAACUUAUGGUUAGAAUUUUUGACACAUAUCAAUAAUCUUAACUUACAAUUGGGUAUAAUAAUCAAAUCUGGUUGGGUAAACCGUAUGAAUUUUGGAUCACUCGAUGAUGUUGAUGGAGGCAAACUAAUCAGUAAAAAUAAUGGUACUUUAACAAGAAUAGCCAUAUAUUGUCUUGGGGAAUUAAACAGAGCACUUAUGGCUAUUGACAAAAGUGACCAAAUGAUCAAAAUUAAUGAACAAUGGUCAAUAGAGGCCAAUUCAUGGUAUUCUUAUUUAGUUGUGAUGCGCAAAUACAUUAUGGGGUACAUCGGUCUUUUCUACUCUAUUGACAACUACCAGCAAGAUAAAAUUGGGGAAGCAAUAGGACUAGUUAACUUUGGAAUCGUGACACUUCAAGGUCGCAAAAUUAGUGACGAUAUAGGUAGUGGUAAAAGGGCUCGUGAAUGGUUGAAAAUACAUCGGCAAGAUUCUUUGCUCAAGAAUAUGCAAUCAACAGCAGAGUUGAACUACAAUAAGUCGGAUUUUGCUAAGAUGAUCCAUAUGACCCAAGAUUUGACCUACUUAUUUGACAUGCUUGUUCGUCUUCGAGUUAAAUAUACCAAAGAGAACGAUACUCUCAAGUUCGAUACCGUGCAAGACUGGAAAGAUAUUGGUCAAGAUAGUAAAUGGCCUCAAGGAAUAGCUGUACCUGUUGGAGCAAUCGAGAAGUAUACCCCGAAUAGUCAUCGGAACCAAACACCAACUACAAAUCAAGAUGCGCUGGGGCAAACACCGUACUACUAG